CCUGCGGGUAGAGAUAUUUCCAUCCGACCAAUCUUGGAGCACUGUGAAAACACCCACAUGACAAUUUGGCUUGGGAUUGUCUACGCUUAUAAAGGGCUGCUGAUGUUAUUUGGGUGUUUCCUAGCCUGGGAGAAACGAAAUGUAAGCAUUCAUGCUUUGAAUGACAGCAAGUACAUUGGAAUGAGUGUGUACAAUGUGGGGAUAAUGUGCAUUAUUGGUGCUGCUGUUUCAUUCCUUACUCGGGACCAACCCAAUGUGCAGUUCUGCAUCGUUGCUCUAGUCAUAAUAUUCUGCAGCACCAUUACUCUCUGCCUUGUGUUUGUACCUAAGCUCAUCACACUGCGAACGAAUCCAGAUGCAGCCACACAGAACAGACGAUUUCAGUUCACUCAGAAUCAAAAGAAAGAAGAUUCAAAAACAUCAACAUCAGUCACCAGCGUCAAUCAGGCCAGCACAUCUCGACUAGAAGGACUGCAGUCAGAGAACCACCGCUUGAGAAUGAAAAUUACAGAGCUGGACAAAGACUUGGAAGAGGUCACAAUGCAACUUCAAGACACUCCUGAGAAAACAACAUACAUUAAGCAGAACCACUAUCAGGAUCUUAACGACAUUCUUAGUAUACGGAACUUCACAGAUAGCAAAGAUGGUGAGAAAGCCAUUUUGAAAAAUCACCUUGAUCAAAAUCCGCCAGCACAGUGGGGCUCAUCAGACCCUUCCAGAACAAGCAAAGAUCCCAUAGAAGACAUCAACUCUCCAGAACACAUACAGCGUCGGCUGUCUUUGCAGCUGCCCAUCCUUCAUCACGCCUACUUGCCAUCCAUAGGAGGAGUUGAUGCUAGCUGUGCCAGUCCGUGCGUAAGCCCCAGUGCCAGCCCUCGGCACAGACACGUGCCGCCGUCCUUCCGAGUGAUGGUUUCGGGGCUGUAGGAAAGGGAGAUCAGUGCUUCCUGAACUGCUUUUAAGUACUCAAUGACUGGACUAAACAUCUGACCUAGAACUCUGCUACAAACAUGUAACAUUGGCUCUUACCGCAGAGGAACUACCGCUGAGGCCCUUGUCACAGGAGUGCCCAUGUAACUCGGGUGGUAAGGCAAAGGAGGACACAAGGAGUUUGAUCUGUAGCCUUAUUCAUGGAGUUUUUAUUUCUUCACCUAGAAGUCACUGAAAAAUGUUUCUUCUGAAAUUUCUACUAGCAACAAGGAGGCUGGGAAAUACAGAUCUUGCAAAAAAGACACUAGGGAAAAAAAACAAACCAACACUCAAACGUCACUGAGCUUUAUGUGGCUGCUGAGAACAUGCAAUUCUAUACUGUAUCCAUGUAAGGAAAAUGCAGUGGUUGAGCUAUAUCAUGUUGAAAUAGAUAAACUCAUUUUUACAAGAGUUGUGUUAAAUCGCUGGAAACAUUCUGCACUGGUUAGUCUUGCUUGUUUUCAUUUCAGGAAUGAUGUUUGAUAGGAAAGAAAAUUUGUGAGAAA